AAACUUAGCUCCUUCCUCCUGGAGUCUCUGAGGAUCAGACCACCGCUGAGUGGGUGAGAUUUCCAUUGAGAUUCAAGCAGGGGCACAGAUGAGACAGUUGGAGGUUAUGUAAAAAUACUCUGACUCUUAACAGUCUCUUUCCAGAAUAAGAAGAGAGUUAAGGACAGUUAGUAAAGAACAGAACAUGUUUAAUGGAAGGUCCAAGAACAACCACAGAAGAAAAGAGACAGAUGCUUUAUACUAGAAUACAAUCACAAUAGAGAGAGAGAGACUCGUGGAUUUAAGUAGGAUUGACCCCUUAAGGAACCAAAGACGUGUGAGGGAAUGAAAGACAAACACGGGCAAAUAAGAGACCACAACUGAGGGGGGGAAACAUCAGUUGAAGAGAGAUCUGGUUGGGUGAGACACAUCUGGUGGAAAGGAAGUGACUUUGCAUAAGUUUGAGGUAGAACUCAUACAUGGAACUCGCUAAGGAAUCAAAAACGGAUGCCUGUAAGUCAGGCUGGUGGGGAGAUGAUUUUCAGUACCAAUAUAUUCAACUGCGAGACUGCUCCAGCUAUGGCAUCCCCUGCCAAGCAACUUCACCUUCACAGGACACCCCAGGGGAGCAGGUCACCCCACAAGCUAAGACCUAUGGGCAUUAUACAGAGGAACUGUCCCAAUUUGCUCGAAAAGAAGCAGCUAAAUUAUUGCAAGAGAAGCAAACUGCAACCAAACCACCAGACGUGAAGACAGAGUGUUACUCCAAAUGCCAAGCAUGUUUACAGAGGGUCAAGCAGUACUUUAUCCAGAAACUUGGAGAAGACUGGAUAUUCCUGGUUCUUCUUGGACUGGUCAUGGCUCUUGUUAGCUGGAGUAUGGACUAUGCCAGCGCAAAGAGUCUGCAAGCCUACAGGUGGAUGUUUCAGAGCGUGUCACAUAAUGUUUGGUUGCAGUACCUCGCGUGGGUUUCUUAUCCGCUCAUCCUGAUAUUGUUCGCUGCCGUUUUCUGCCAUAUUGUAUCUCCACAGGCUAUAGGUUCAGGUAUUCCAGAGUUGAAGGUGAUUCUGCGGGGAGUUGUGUUAAAGGAAUAUUUGACUUUGAAAGCUUUUGUGGCAAAAGUCAUUGGACUGACGGCAUCGCUGGGAAGUGGGAUUCCACUGGGCAAAGAGGGCCCAUUUGUGCACAUUGCCAGUAUUUGUGCUGUAGUCCUCAGCAAGUUCAUGUCUGUUUUCUGUGGCGUUUACCAGCAGGCGUAUUAUUACGCUGACGUUCUCACUGUGGGAUGUGCAGUUGGUGUUGGAUGUUGCUUUGGAACCCCUCUGGGAGGUGUCCUGUUCAGCAUUGAGGUUACAUCAUCCUAUUUUGCUGUGAGGAACUAUUGGCGAGGAUUCUUUGCAGCCACGUUCAGCGCAUUCAUCUUCCGUGUCCUCGCAGUGUGGAAUAAGGAUGCAGUCACCAUCACAGCGCUUUUCCGCACCAACUUUCGCAUGGAGUUUCCCUUUGACCUUCAGGAGUUGCCAGCGUUCGCUGUGAUUGGGAUUUGCUGUGGAUUCCUUGGGGCGUUCUUUGUCUUUCUGAACCGUCACGUGGUCCUGGGAAUCCGCAGACACAAGACUCUGAGCACCUUCCUGAGCCGCUAUCGUCUUAUUUAUCCAGCGGUAAUAACUUUCUCCAUCGCGACACUGACCUUCCCCCCAGGAUUUGGGCAGUUCAUGGCUGGAGAGCUAAUGCCACGCGAAAGUAUCACCGUUUUGUUUGAUAACAACACUUGGACCAAGCAUGUGGGUGACACGUCAGUCCUUGGGCGUUCUGCUGCCUUCAUCCACCCAAACGUGAGCGUCUUUGUCACGCUGCCCCUCUUCUUCAUCAUGAAGUUUCUGAUGUCGGUCAUAGCCACCACAAUGCCUAUUCCUUGCGGUGCAUUUAUGCCGGUGUUUGUUCUCGGUGCUGCCUUCGGAAGGACAGUCGGGGAGUUAAUGGCAUAUCUUUUCCCCAACGGGAUUCUGUUUGAUGGCAUUGUCUACAAGAUCUUACCUGGCGGCUAUGCUGUGAUUGGGGCGGCCGCACUCACUGGAGCAGUCACUCACACAGUCUCAACAGCCGUCAUCUGCUUUGAGCUGACGGGGCAAAUUUCCCAUAUCCUCCCUAUGCUUAUUUCUGUCAUUAUGGCGAAUGUGGUUGCCCAGAACCUUCAACCUAGUCUUUAUGAUUCCAUCAUCCAGGUUAAGAGGCUACCAUACCUUCCGGAUCUGUCAUCCUGCCACGUUAGUAAAUACAAUAUAUUUGUGGAAGACAUUAUGGUGAGAGAUAUCCGGUUUAUCUCAUCGCGCUGUACCUACAAAGACCUACUUGAUGUUCUGCAGAGCUGCACACAUAAGAGUCUGCCCCUAGUGGAGUCGGCAGAGUGUAUGGUACUGCUGGGCUCCAUCGAGAGGUCGGAAAUAGUUGCUUUACUGGAGAGGAGACUAUCACGGGAAAGAAGACAGCGUUUGGCCUCCCCCCCAUACAAAGGCCAGAGAUUGACGGACCCACCGGGGAAGAGAGACUCCUUCCAAUAUGUAGAUGAAGAAGACAUGGCGGGAGAAGAGGAAGUGAAGAAAGAGCUCGUUGAAGAAUGUAAUGGGCCGAUCACCCCAAAAAGCUCUUGUGAGGCCCCCAGUGCUUCAACACAACAAGCCAGUUUGUAUCAGAGGUUUCGCUCAGCUGCCCAGAGCAUCUUCUGCAAUCCCGAGGAACCGAAACCAGAAGAGAUAACACAGGUAUCUGAACCUGAAGAUACUAUGAGACCUGAAGAGAUCCUGGUCUGGGAGCAGCAGGAACUUGCGAAGACGGCCUCAUUUGACAGCUGUCUAAUCGAUCCAUCACCAUUCCAGCUGGUGGAGAGGACGUCUCUUCAUAAAACGCACACGCUUUUUUCGCUCCUGGGUCUCAGCCUGGCAUAUAUUACCAGUGGUGGAAAACUUAGAGGUGUCAUCGCAUUGAAAGAGCUUCAGAAAGCAAUAGAAGGGACAGCUCAGUCUGGUGUCCGAUUACGUCCUCCUUUCGCCAGUUUCCGUGAUGCCAGCCGCAAUUUGUCUCAGAAGAAAGUCCACAGACCGGAGCCUAAAUCUCCUCCCUCUCCUGACCCUUCAGUGCUCCUCGAUGAACCCAUCACCAUUGCCACCCCAGAUUCUGAACUGGACGAUUUGUCAGGACAAGGGUCUGAAAAUGUGUCACAGAUUCUUAAAGACUUUCAGGUGUCAUCAGAUCAUAGCGACGAUGAUGCCCCACUGUAAUUCUAGGGACGUUGGGUGAUACUCGACAUUGCUAUGGCAUGGUCCAGUUACAUUUCAUUUAUCUUAAGUGGUACAAAAAAUACAGGACACUAUGUGCUACAACAACACCACAAGGUAUCACAUAACAAGGUAUUAUCUUACCUAUUACAAGGUAUAAUAUUACAAGGUAUUAUAUUACCUUAUUACAAGGUAUCACAUUACAAGGUACUAUCUUACGUUGCUACAAAGUAUCACAGCCUUUCUUCGUUCCUGUUACCCAAACAUAUAUAAGGUAUGUUAUCCCUGCAAAAUCAUGUCACUGAGGAGCGUGGGAACAUUUUAAAUAAUGUAUAUGGUAUCUUUUGUGUAUGGAACCAUUAUUUGGAAUAGCAUAAAAUGAUGUAAAAAAGUCAGAUUGGAGAACAUUACCCAGAAGCUGCUGUUUUACCCAGUAUUGCCUGGUGCCCUGCCCUCACCAGCUGUGUCCGCACACAGAGCAAGUGGAUGCCAAGUGGUUUUUCUAUCGAAUUCUGAAAGCUGGGAUUCUAUGCUUGUAAUGUUGCCGCAGGAUUCAUCAUGUACAAUGAUUCCAGACAUGACUUUUAAAUGGACAAAAAACACAAUCAGUACAUCUUCAGGCUAGGGCUCCCUGUGAACUUUCUAAAAUCAUUAUAUUGUGCAGGGGUGGGAGGCCUAUAGGGGAAUUCAGAAACCACGCACAUUUUUACAGAGAGUUUGAAGGACAGGGUUGUCGUGGGUAACAGAGUAUGUUAGUUAAUUAGGUAAUAGACUAUGCAAGCAAUUUAUAUUUAAAUACCACGAGCAGAGAAAGCACCGAGAGUGAAUUAACACAGUACGGAAAAGAAAAUGGGACUGACACGGUCACGUGGUAGCUCUAAUGAUAUUAAAUUCUGCAUUUUCUGAGAAUGUAUUUAAAACAAUCACAGUGCAAUUUCAGAACACACUCGAGGAACAAAAUCACAUUACUGGGGGUUUACUGAAUAACUUUCCCAUUAAAAUCAGUUAAAAGCAAUUAUAUUUGUAAUAAAUGAUUUAUUUACACUACA